CGCACGGGAGGCGGCUGCCGCUACGACCCGGGCGUGAGCAAGGCCGAGAACGCCAGCCCCAGCCCCUGCCGGUCUCCUGUCGCCCAUCGCCAGCCCCCGCCCUGCGCCCGCGCCACGCGCAGCCCGGGCGGAGGAGACAUGAGCGCCCGGCCCGUCGCACCCCAGGCGCAGCGGCGCGGUCCCGCGGCCCCGUGAUGGUGAUGGGCUCCUGCGUGUCGCGAGAUCUGUUCACAAGUGCCCACAAGGACUGCCCCCUGCCCCGGGGCAUGGAUGCCCUCACCGCAGACCUGCCCCCUGGCCACUCUUCCUCCGCUGCUGUAGGCCAUGUCGCAGGCAAGGACAAGCAGCUGGAUUUCUGCUGGGAUCCUUGGCAGAGGUGCUUCCAGACCACCAACGGCUACCUGUGCGACUCCAGAGCCCGCUCCAGCAACUACAGUGUGGCAGCCCUAGCCACCUCGUCCCUUGUGGGCGUGGUGCAGAGCAUCAAGGACCACAUCACCAAGCCCACGGCCAUGGCACGAGGCCGUGUGGCGCACCUCAUCGAGUGGAAGGGCUGGAGCGCCCCGCGGGCGGGCUGGGCACCAUCCCCGGCUGAGGAUGAACACUACUGCUGCCUUCCCGACGAGCUCCGUGAGGCGCGCUUUGCCGCAGGGGUGGCUGAACAGUUUGCCAUCACAGAGGCUACAUUGAGCGCCUGGUCCUCGCUGGACGAUGAGGAACUGCACCCUGAGGCCAGCCCCGGGGACGCUGUCCAGCUCCAGGACCUGGAGAGCAUCUACCUUCAGGACAGCCUUCCAAGCGGCCCCUUGGGAGAUGACAGCCUCCUGGCCUUCUCCUCCCCCGGCCUCUCCCCUGAUGACUGGCCCUCACCCGAGGAGCCCCCCAUGCUGGCUGCUGGCCUGCAGCCCCCCAGCCCUGAGCAGCAGCAUCGCAGGCGGCUGCCUGGGGGCCUGGGGCCUGAUGGUGGGGGCCCGCUGCAGGACUCCCUGCCCUCAGUGGACAGCGGCUCCCUCUCGGAGGAGGACGAGGUUUUCUACAACUGAGCCCAGUGGGGUGCAGCACCCACCCACACCUCACUGGGCCUGGCCAGCAGCCCCUGCAUACGGGACCCCAGGUCUGGGCAUCUCGGGACUCCACGGGGAAGGCACCCCUUGUGGAUUACUCUGUGCCUCGCGGACCGCACCCUGCCAUGGGAGCCGUAACCCCCUUCUAUCCUCAGCCCACUGGGGAUCCCACCCUCCCAGAGCUCAAGGACUCUGCAGAAGCCAGGGCAACCAUCCCCAGAGGAGCUGUCAGCUGGGUCCCUAGGCAGACAACGGACCAUGGAAGGGACCAGGAGGCUCCCGUGCAGUGGGGCCUGCGGACCUGACCUGCCUGGACCACCUCAGCCCCCCUCCCCUGCCUGCCCCAUCAAAGGUGGGCGGCCUCUUCUGGUAGCUAAGCACCCUCGGGAUCCGACCCUGGAGUGUGUGUCUGUUCCUACCCUCUGGACCUCUUCCUCGGUGCCCAGCUCCCUACUCCAGGAGCCCGUUUCCCUCCUCGCACCCCCAGUCCUUCUUGUUUCUCUGGUGACAUUAAAGUGGUGGCUAUGUCCUGA